CUCAAUGCAGAAGCGCGGAUCCUCCAUAAAUGCGUUCAUAGUGACGGGUAAAGAGCGACACGAGCCAAUGUUUUGAUUAUUGAGCAAACGAAAGGUAGCCGCGCGAAGUUACCGACUGCUGCAAAUGAGUGUGACAAUAAUAGAAUAUAUUAGAUCUUCGCUCUUUGGACUAGUGGACUAAUUUAAGUGAUUUAAAAGAUUUUCGAGUCAACUAAGAUCUUCAGUACAAACAAGUUUUUGUAUUGAAGCUGAUUUUAGAUGGAUCUCAUGGAUAUUAAGGAUACGCGGAGAGACUGGAGCGCUGCUUGAACGAGUGAGCCUAGUACAAAUGUGGAUGAUGGAACUUCGACUUUUGACAAUGAAUUAGGUUGAACCACACUCAGGGUUUUAGAAAGUAUAAGAAGUUGUGCAAAAGUUGUACUCAGAAGUAUUAUCUGUAGCUGUUAAUCGUGCCUACCCUAACACUUCACACUCGGGUUUUUCUGAUUCGAAAUGGAAGAAGAUGAAACACUAAGUCAGAUGAUACUCAGCGGUAGUCAAGAUGAGCGACCGGAAAUUGGCUACGGAGGUGGUGACUUUGUUCAAAAGUUGCUCGCUAAGGCCCAAUUUCGAGAAGAUGGCACAGCGCCUCAAUCACCUACGCCUGUCAAAGCUGCGAGCCAAACGGGUCUCCGCAGAAAUCGUCGCACAUCGAAAGAGAGGGAACUCGCGCUACUUGCUUUACGAAUGCCCCCUCGAGUAAACACUAGACAACAACAACAAGAUGCGCCUUCACCUGGUCCCGUGACAAGAUCGCGUUCCUCACAGUGUUCAUCAGAUGUUUUGUCAUCGCCUUCAAAUCGGUCAGCUGCAAACCGAGGUCGUGAUUCGUCCCGCUCAUCACUUGAUGAUAGCACUGAAGCCCUCUUUGGAGCCAUUCCUCCCACACCUCCGUUACUAAAUAGUUGCCGAACGGUCAAGGCAUUUAAGGGUAGCUGCAAACUUAUAACAAGCACCCAAAGAAAACCGGAAAAUGUGGCUUCUGUGGUGGGAGCAUCAGAUCAAAGUGGGAAGCAGCCAAGAACUCCACAGAACCAAAGAAUCCUUCCGUUUACGAACGGAGUCUCCGCUAAUAAAUCGAGCACUCCUGUGUCGACGCCGACUGUUGGUGGUCGAUUAACUCUGCGUGGUCACAGUUUGCUGUCACGGACGUCUCCUAUGUCGUCUCCGUCAUUGACGGUAUCUUCGGCAAAAGCAAAUCUGAGGACCCGGGGGCGACGCAGAUCAAUGGACCUUCACGACAAUGGAUUUAGCUAUUCGACCAGUGAAAACAUCUCAUCUCUGGACAGAGUCGGCUGCCCUGAGCGGCGAAGCCCUGCUUCACUGCUACUGCGAAACAAUGUUUCCGUUAAAACAGCAGGUGAAGGGAGAUUCGGAGAUGAUUCAGGUGAGGAAGUCGCAGAUAGCGCUGAAGAUUCUUUAGAUGAAGACGAUUUCCUGAGUCAGGUCGCAAGUCAAGUAGAGAAAAAAUUCAUGCAGCAAAUACAACCGACCGCUACCAGAGCCAGAUCGCCAAGAAUUACCUCCGGCGUCACUGGAACACGUACCUUACUGCAAGGAUCGACUUUAAAGCUAAACAAAACACGAACGCCCCGAAAAAAACUAUCAAAAGAAAGGGAAUCCUCAGCAUCGGAGUUAUUCGAUAAGCAAAAUGGUCAGAGCGAUGCGAAUGUAGUAUCGGCGGUGAGGGGUCGUAGUGCGAAACCCGCAGAGGUGAAUAAAUCAGUGUCUGACAUGGGUAACGGGAAGAACAGCCAAAGCUCAACUUCAUCGGGUGAUCUUAAGCGAACGUACACUGUAGAAGAGAUUCAGCGGAAACGUGAUGCCGCCAUGCGGAAACGUCAACAAAAGCAAAACGCAAAAAUACUCAUCUUCGACAAUCCGUAACAGGAAGGUGAGCUGCCCACUAGUACCUUGGCUUAAAGGGGAACAAUAAAAGGGCGUAACAAGGACCAUGCUUUUUCACGCACAAAAUGAGCUAGUAUGGAUGUUGUUUCGUGCCUAGCAUGCAAUAGAAAAAUCGAUAGUUUGUUAUCACAAGUCAUUAAAAGAAAAUCUUGUUUUCAAUAAUUGUGGUAUUAAUUAAAGGCUUGCUUGACAAAUAUUCGUUCCCAACAUAACUUUCGUGCUGUACCCUGUAAAACCGACAAAUUAUUUAGAUACCCCGUAUUCACCAACAUUUCCUUUUAUGACAAAUGGUUAAUAGAAAUCUCGUUCUAGUGCGCUAUUGAGUUGGCCUUGUUGAAUUGAAGUAGAAAAUAAGGAAUUACACAAAAAAUAGCGAGUACUCGAUAAAAAUCGAAGCGAAAGUGCAGCUUGAGGAUUUUUUGCUUCGUAGUUAAAGCCAUUCACCACUAACAAUUAGGAGAGUAGGAGUUUUAACGGUAGCUGAACUAACUGGAAAAAAAAUCGGAGCCUUUAUUUUCUCUUCAAAACGUUUUUAGGUAGCGUCACGCGCUGACCUAAUAGCGCAAUUAAAUGGAAGCUUGCUAAGCUCUUAUCGUUGUUUUCAAAAAAAAUCUCUUCCAAAAUAAACCAUAGUAUCUCGACAUCGAUAGGGUAAUCUAUAUAAGCGCUUUUAGUGCACGACAGUCAGUGAAAAUGCAUAACAUGAAAACGAAAAAAGAGAGCAGAAGUAAAUUGUAUCUGAGCCAGUGAACGUAUCCAUCUUAGAAGCAUUUACAAUCAUUAUCUGUUCGAGAACAGAGCGAACAUAUGCUGUCUAAUUUCUAGCCUAUGCAUGAAUUUAGAUGUUCUUAUGAAAGAUUUAAAUUCGGGUAGACAUCGAAUAGCUAAAACUCUUCAUUAUAUAAUGCGUAGUAGUAAUGGAGGAAGAAGUCAUCCCAAAAUGUAGUCGUCGCAUUCGUUAUCGCGUCAGUAAUAAGAGCACAGUAGUUACACAAAGAUCUCCUUUGCUAAUUGUUUGCGCUAAUCGAAGUUACUCUUCGUAGUAAUAUGAAUGUAUCAUCAUGGCUAUCAAGGUUGUAACCAAGUAUAUUCUUAUGUUUAUUGCACAGAAAUAAAAAAAGACAUUUUCUACAUUA